AUGAACACACUACCGUCUAUCAAGCUUGAAAAGGGGUUCAAAAGUGUGCUCAUUUUAUCUAAUAAGCUCUCCUAUGAACUUACACAUAUAUAUCCCCUCAUCACCAACAUCAUAUCCCCGAUGCCUCUAGUGAACUCCAAAGCUGAGUCAAAAGAGUUCAGAUCACCUAAUUAUUUACAAGGAUUACUAAAUGGAGUUCCAUACUACGAUCCUUGUGGAUCUCCUGAUGGACCAAUCCCUUCUUCAAAACCAAAUGACGCACCUUUUUCACAAGGAGAAAAUUCAUAUCAACGUGCCAUACAUUGUCCACUUGGAAUUCAAAACUUAACAACAGAUUUACCAAAAGCAGGUUUCGACAUCUGUUGGAUAAACUUACCAUUUCACGGUUUAGGAGACAUGCAACUUUCAGGGGAGUUUGUGGCUUACGCUGUCAAUCACCUUGCCAACUUGUCAGUCACUGCAAAAAUCAAUAUCGUGACUUAUAGUCAAGGUGGCUCAAAUGCUCAGUGGGCUAUCACUUUCUGGCCAUCUAUCCGAACCCGAAUCAUCAAUCUCAUCACAAUAUCUGCACCACAUAAAGGAACCUUCUUAACAGAUUUAUUUUGUAAACCUUUGAAAUUGAUGGGUGGAUGUUUACCUUCUGUCUUACAGAUGAGUCAAAGAUCUAACUACAUGAGUGCAGUGUAUAAGAGAUCUAUUGAAGAUGGUGAACCAGAAGCUUUAGUUCCUACGACUUCGAUUUAUACUUUUUAUGAUGAAUUAGUCUUACCUCAAGUCUCGAAUCCAAACGGAGUCUCUUAUUUAUCUGGAGCUUCUAAUAUCGCUAUACAAGAAGUAUGCGGUCAAACUCAUAUCAUAAAUCACUUUGGUAUAAUUUCGGAUAUGGCUACUUAUGGUUUAGUUUAUGAUGCUUUGAUUCAUGGUCGACCUACCAGUCUAGAAACCUUUGAUCACUGUAUUCAUAUUAUCCUCCUCAAGGAAAGUACUGUGAUGGACAUUAACUUACCUAAUGAACCACUUUUGAUGCCGUAUCACUACAGGGUUUUGUAA